GAAUUUUGUUUUGAAUAACCGUUCGUUGCAAAUAUGCAUUAAAUCACAUUUUGGGAGUUACAAAUACAUGACAGUCGCCAUGUUCGUUCACUUUUCACUUACCCCAGACCCUAUACCCAUACAUAUAUAUUACAUCGAAACAACAUUUCCAUGUUGUGGGGCUCCAAAAAAGUUAAAGUUAAAAUAUAAAACGGGCAUCAACCGUCUUUGAACGGUUGAACCAACUCUAAGUCCAUCUGUUCAAGAUCAACCUAAUGUUGUUAACUUAUGCAAACAAUUUAUGUGACAAAGGAAUGGAAUCGCUUGAAAUAAGAACAAUUCUCACAACAUUACUCGGGUGUCGUUGCUGAUUGAAGCGUCUGUGUUCGUGAAGUAGUGAUGUUCGAUGCGGCUGGUCAAAGUGGGAGCCUGUCGGUAGGCGAUAGUGUUCGACAAACCGUUGGCGAUUGCGCAUUACUUAAGUGAAAUUCGCUUCAGUGUUCACAGGAUUGCAAAAAGUGCCUAUAGUGCCUUUAAUACACGUACCGCAAAGCCGAUGCAGCAAACCAGGAAUGGCAGACUCGCGAUCACCCCAAAACUGGAGAAACAAAAAUGCAGCAGGGAGAUCACAAAGAAAACGAAAACAAACCAAUGACGUGGAAAGAUCGAGCAAAAACAUAAAAACAGUUUACAUCAGUAAAGAUGUUGCCAUUAAUGAAGCAUAUGAAACGCUGUCUAAGCCGCAGUUGGACAUGGAAUAUCGUAAAGUUUUGAUUCAAACCGAACGCCAUGUAUCAUACCUACGGGAAGCACUUCAAGAUACACCAUAUCAAUUGAAGCUUGCCAUUGUCAUUGGCCUGGUGAAUGGCAAAAAGUCAAUGGAUAUAGCUAACAAUUUCAACUUCACUGUCACAGCAGAGGAUCUUACGUCAGAAAUUUCCGAUGACAUCGUGUAUACUUCUAACGAUAAUGGAAGGACAGGAACACUGAUGAUUCAUGCCCAACAUUCCGAUGCAUCUCGUACACCCAAGAUCAAACUGAAUGAUUUCGCAUCCAUCCAAGAUAUAAGCAGUCCUUUUAAUAUCCUAAAAUAUUUUAAAUCAUUCUACGAUAAACCACGAACGGCUGGUAUAGAAGGAGUAAUCAUAUGCACCAACUCCGAUAUUGAUGAAGGUGCCCGAGAUCUGUGGAGGCCAGUAGAUCUAUCUGUCAUGGUUGAUCCCACGCCAUUGGAGUUCUUUAUUUCAACUUUAUUGACUAAGUUGGGAGCUAAAUGCUAUCGAUUGGAUUUCGAUACCCUAACGUAUGGUAAAUUUAAUCAAGUCUAUCAAACAUGUAAAAAAUAUUCUAAAUGUUACCGCUUAGCGAAGCUAUUGGUCAAUGCUGUUAAAUCGGAAAACCAUCGAUUAACCAAACAAAACCCUGUUGUCAAAGAAUACUAUCACGCUAUCCUUAGUAUAAUCGAUAAAAAUGAUAGUUCCGUAAAAGGUUCAUAUAAGUUUACUGAUCAAUUUCUUAACUCAAGUUUGAGUAACUCAACUCCUGGCUAUGAAGCGUUUAGAUUGGAGUUUGAAGAAGAGUACUCUCAGUUGAUAAAUGUUUGGGAAGAUCUUAAAAAUAAACGUAUGCAUGUUGAUGAUAAUUUUCUACCGCGAGCAGCUAAAAAGGAGGAUAACGAAUUGGAAUUUGUAUUUCCAGAAAAUGAUGUCGAUAGACGUCUUGUAGAAUUCUGCGAACGAUUUCGUUUGGUGUGUUACACCAAGAGUGAAAAUGAGCUAGAUGAUACGAUUAUAGAGCUUUGGAAAGAUAUGUACUCUAUUAAAGAAUUAACUGUUAGUACCCGCAGGGGAAAUUUCGAGAAGAAUAUAAAACUCAAAACGAGUUUUGAUGGGUUAUUGGAUCUUUUUUUCAAACCUUUAAAUUCGGAAGAUAUUGAACGAGAUCACAGAAAUAUUGAAAACGUAUUAGCUGUUACAAAGUUGGAAAGUGCCUCUUAUCAACUGCGCAGAGAAAUAGUCAGAUCGACGUUUCGAAUAAGCCCUGAUACUUUACAAGCUUCUUACUUAUAUCGUCAUAUCUAUCAUGAAACACUUCUUGAACUGGAUGUUUAUGAUAUCUGCUUUGGUACGGUUGUUCUAUCCGACAUAAUAUCAUUGCAAGGUAAAAAUCCCCGUGAAAUACUUUUCAUUAAAGAUUCUGUGUUUUAUAAAGACUCAGAGAAGGUGAAAAGUUUUUUUUACUCUUUCAAACAAUACAACUGUUUGAUCAUUAUCUGCCACGAAAUGUUUAUGGCGUGUCAAGGAAAUAUAAGAAAAUGGAGAGAAGACAUUUCUCAGAAGCCUUCAAAACAAAUUUUUCUUGUCAGAAAAACAAAUAAUAUUCAUACUGAUCUGAAUUAUUUUAGUAUUUCUGAUGUAACAAAAGAAUCAUGGGAAAAAUUUCUUGAUACAGAUAUUCCUCUAUGCUCAACUUCCAUUUCGCCCUCCAAGGUUUUCCAGGAUUGCUUCUACGAAUUUUCCAUUGAAGAACUCAUCAUGUGCUUGGACUGGGGAAAGCAAAUGGAACAAAACAAUGCAAUAGUUAAGAAAUAUCGGCAAAUCCGAGACAUUUAUGUUCAUCGCAAGUGGAUAAAUGAAGAAGAAGAAAUAAGCAUUGAAUUACCGCAGGAAGAUUUCACAGCAGCGAGUGAAGCCUUUCUUAAAUCCAUACGAUGUUUUCCAGAUGAUUAUAUCAGUUUUGAAAAGAUAACAAAACGAAUUGAACAAAACGGAAUGAUUAAUCAAAUUUUCCCAAAAAUACCUAAUGAAAAGAUUGUACAGGUACAAUGCGAAUGUGUCAGUGGCGAUAAAGAUAGAAAAAUGUUGAUAUUAUUGGGUGAAGCGGGAUGCGGAAAGUCGAUGAACCUCACAUGGUUGGCUUGGCAUUUGCAGAAGCGAAGACGUUCUAGCUGGGUGAUUCGAUGUAACUUAUCUGAUUAUUGCUAUGAUUUUAAUCAAUUUAUAGCGCACGAAAAGAAUGAAACUGUUCAGGUUAGCGAAAAUGACGCACUGAAGAUGUUAUACAAGUUGGCACAUUUAUCGCUCGUCGAGAUGAAAGGAAACGCUAGUGAAAAGAAGCUAGCACAACAAUGUUCGGAAUGUUUAUUUUCUAUGAAUAACUCAGCGAGAUUGUCUAUCAAUUUGAUGAAAAAUCAUGGUUUAUCUUUAAACAACGCAAUUCUACUGCGGGUAUUUGUAGAAAAGUUUAAUGCAAGUGAAUUGGUGUUGCUAUUAGAUGGGUUCGAUGAAAUCGCACCUUCCUACAAGGAAGUAAUGUGUCAGUUUCUCUCUUAUUUUAAAAACUUUAAAGGAAUAAGAAACAUAUACCUCACAAGUCGGCCUUAUAAUUUCAAAGAAAAAAUGAAAGAGGUAUUUGUUGAGGCAGCAUUUUUUAAAUUAAACCCUUUUUCUCGGCAAGAUAAAGGACUGAUUUUAAUCAAGAUGAUGAAAUUGAAAAUAGAUAGUGCACCUGUUUACAUUACGGAAAUAAUUGAUUUCUAUAAAGCAUUGUGUGUUAUAGUACUGGGCAGAUUAGGCGAUUUGAGUGAUAAUCCACUUAACCUUAUGAUGACAAUAGAUAUUGUUAUACCUCUUGCUAAUCAAUAUGUACACUUUCAAAAUAAAAAGGUCAGUUUACAGUUACUGGAGGAUAUAGAAAAAAUAUUCAAACCCACUUUCAUCGUAGAAGAAUUUGUGAACAGAAUGAUUAGACGUCAUUUAUAUAUUAAUUAUGCUGUAGAUAACAAAGAAACAAAUUUACUAAUUGAAGCAGGAAAACUUGAAAAAGACAUAGAAGAUAUGAAAUUAAAGCAUGGAUUGCUAGCACUAUGGGUUCUAUUUGACGCAUGUGAUCAAAGUGAGCGUAUAUCGAAGUUAUUGGCACAUGAAGAACGCCUGCCAAAGGGUUAUAUGCAUACGACCCAUGAAGCUGCAGAGAAAACUGGCAUAAUAAAUGGAGUCGAAGAUGGUAUUCCAAUAUUUAUUCACCGUACGUUCGCAGAAUACUUAGGUGCUUGGUGGAUCGUCAAGAAAAGAAUGCUGUCUACAGUUCCGCAGAAAAGUAAACACUUAACAUGUCUCUUGGAAGAUAUGUUGAAAACAAAAAGUGAAAUUUUAAAGCAUAUGCAUAUCAUCCUGGCAAGCGACAAACCAUUGCACCUUGCUAUUGUUGAAAAUGAUUUGACAACAGCAAAAUCAUUACUGCGUGAUAAUUCAGAGCUUUUAAGUGAAACAGAUUCCGGUGGCAGGACAGCAUUUCAUUUGUUAGCAAUGUAUGCUUAUAUUGGCGAUUAUCUCGAAUAUUUUCCUUCGUCUCUCGAGAGUAACACAGUGAAUUGUAAAGAGCGAGUAUUUGGCUGGACUGCACUUGAUUGCGCAUUUGAAGCCGAUAAACGUCUCUUGAUAAUAUAUCUUUUGCAUUGUGGGGCUUUAAUAAAUAAAAAUAUACUUUACAAACAGGUACAAGACUCUGCUGCUGAAAAUCAAGCUAAAAUUUGUAAAGCAGCAACUUACGCCAAAUAUUUUAUGGAAUAUUUAAGUCAAAAAGCAAGCACGUAUGAUUCGAAAGAUGCUAAAAUCAUGAAAGAAUUUUGUGAUGAAGUGAUCGAGAAAAUAUUGGGCAAAUCCAAACGAAGAGAAGAUACCCCUUAUAUCAAUAAAGAUAAGGUUAGUUGCCUCUUUGAAAACAUCAUCCAUGUAGAUUCAGUUUGGAUGUUAGAGAGAAUAGUGGAACAGAUCCCCAAAAACUUCGUACAAAUGUACAGAGAAUCAUUUUUUGGUUGGGCGAUGGCAAAAAAAUCGAUUUUUGUGUUGAAAUAUAUAGUGGAACAAGAUAAAUCUUUGUUCAAGGAGCCUUUUGUCAUGGAUUGUUUGCCAAAGAUAGUGGCUUUGGAUUAUAAAAAUGAGUUCAAAUGGUUUAUCGAUCUCUAUUCUACUGAUCUGAUAAAAAUAAAAGAUUUCCAAAUGUGCUCAAUGGAAAGAGAUACUGUAACUAACUUACAAUUCCAUCCGUACGACUAUAAUGAAAUUUGGGAUAUAGUUCGAAAAAUUGAAACAUACAAUUUGAAUCAUCCCAUAGACACCAGAAUUCUAUCAUUAUUGGGAUUAUGUUUGGCCUACGGAAGAACCUCAAUGUUGAAGUAUUUGACGAAGUCAUGUAACUUAGAUCUUAACGUCGACCUUCUUUGCUAUCUUGCAAAGGUAACUGACAGAUUGCGUAAUAUGCUGAGCAAGAUUGAUGUAAAACGUGCUUACGAAUAUCUUUUGGUUCAGGCAUUGAAUACAGGUAGCAACAAAGUGAAUGACAUGUUUCGUAAAGUCGUAAAAUUAGAACUUUUCGAAUUCGCAAAAUUUCUGAUGAAACGAGUCAACAUUGACUAUAAAACUGUUGAUAAGUUGAAUCGUUGGAAUAUUUUCCAUUGGUUUGUUUCACUACCACUAAGUGAUAAUCGCGAAGUUGUGGAAUCUAUGUUGGACUUAUUCCGAUGCAUGAUUGAGAGAACAAAUAUGGACUGUUUUGAUAUUUUAGAUAAAAAGAAACGUAGUAUUCUUCAUAUUGCAAUAGAAAAUGACAACAGAGAUAUCGCAGACUUUAUCAUUGCUCGAAAACUACAAAUUGAAAAUUUAAAAGACAUUCCACGCCUGGGUUUUAAUGCGAUAAAUAAAUUGAAAUCCUGCUGCCUUGCGGUGCACAAUAUAUCCAAAUCACUCAAAUCAGAAGAAUACUGUCACAAAGUGAUUUGUAUGUUAGCCGACCAUAUUGCUUUUCUUUUAUUAUCAGAUGAUAAAAGACCUUCACUCGAAGAAAAUGCCGAUCAAUUGUACCAAAUCGCAGUAGAAUGUAGAUCCUUAUUCCUAAUGUACUAUUUGCAUAAAGAGCCACGAUUCAAGAUGUCACCAUCGAUUCAUGAUACAGAUUGGUCAGCAUGCAUAGCGCAGAGCUUAGAGUCACAAAACUUCGAGUUGUUCAAAUGGGUGGUUGGUCAAUAUUGCCUCGGCCAUAACAUUAUCCACCCCAAACUAAAUUCAAUUAAUAAACCCAUUAAUUCUAGAACCCUUCAAGAAUGCGAUGCGAAUAAAUGUUAUCGGUUGCCAGUAAAUGUCUAUGAGUUGAACAACUCGAUCGAUCGAGCUGAUCUGGAACUACCUACCAUUAUGAAACUUUUGAUCCUCGCUGUAUGCGUAAAACAUGUCAAAGCCACUAAAUACUUGUGUGAAACUUUUCCUAUAAAUAUCGAUUGGAAAGUUUUAAACGAUAUUAUGCGAAUCACGCAUAGUGUUGUAGGUAGAGUUUAUGGUAAGCCUGGUUUCGAUCAGGUGUUUCUAUAUUUGAUUAAUCAUACCUCCAAUAUUCAUGAAUUAGAUGAAGAGCAUAGAAAUGCAUUACAUUGCGCUGUCGAAAACUACAGCAGCUGUAUGGCUAGAUAUUUAAUUGAGCAUAAUCUGUUCGAGGUGACCACAAUCAACGAACAGAAUAGAUGGAAUGCAUUGCAUUAUUGUGCUUCAAGGAAAUCGGACAAGGAUUGUUGUGACAUGAAAAGUGAGGACCUCUUUAGUUUCAUGCUGGAAUGGGUGCUUAAGAAUAGGCCCAAUACUAAAGCGCAAGAAAUUAAACAACUAUGUUUCGACAGCAAUGACGGAAGAAAGAGUGUUAUUCAGAUUGCUUUUGAGACAGGGAACAUAAAUAUUACUCAAUGCAUCAUUUGCUCAUAUCUUAACAUUAAAACCAUAGACCAACACGAGAUAAUAGACAUAAAGGAAUGUUCAAUCAUCAGAGAAUGCUUUGAUGUGCUUGACCAAAUAGCAGCUCGGCUACCAUUCAAUGCAGAAUCUGAACAACUUUUGGAUCGAAUAGCCAAACCUAUCGACAGAAUUUCGCGCGAGAAAAUUAAAAAUACAGAUCAUGUAGCUAAGGAUGCAUGUCGAGCAGCGAUCAAAUACAGAUCCGUUUCAACAUUAGAGUAUCUGAUCACGAAGUGCAAGAGCCAAAUGCACAGAGAAUUGACUAAAAGUUCUAGUAGAGAAAUAUUUGCUUGUAUGAUGGAAUGCAUUCGCCAUAACAAAACAAAUUUGUUCAAUAUGCUGGCUCGUCAUUAUCACAACUAUCAAGGCUUCCGAUCUAUUAAGUUGGUUGAGUAUGAACUGGAGGAAAAUGAUAACUAUUACGAAACCAUUUUUGAUGAGGGCAAAAUACAAUGGUUAGUAGUUAAUCAAACAACUACAAGAAAUUGGUCACAUAAUGUGUCCGAAGAGUAUCUGCCACUACUCAUUUUGUCUAUUGCAUAUGGAAGGAUGCAAAUGGCACAAACAUUGAUUCAAAUGCGUCACCUGCCCUUCAAUGAGUUGUUAGUUCAAUUAAUCUUGAAAGCAUUGAAUAAUAUUCAGCCAGCAAAGGAUACAGUAGCAGUGUUAGAAUAUCUUGCAAAAAAGGGGGAAUCAAAUGUUAAUUAAUUGCAUCUUGCCAUAGAUGGGAUGUAACAAUUGGACAUUGGAAAUACAUUGAACAAUUCGAAAAACACUUAAACUGAAAUUCCUUCAUGUGUACUAAUGAUAUUGUGAUACUGUUUUGGAAGGAUUAGGCAUAAUCAUUGGAUUCAUCAAUUUAUUGUAAUUAACUAUGUACGUAAUAGCAAUAGGUUUUUCGAUGGGAGUCCGACGGUAUUGUGAGGAAUAAGGUGAUUGGCAAACGAAUAAUCGAUUCAUUAGUAAUUACGAAGCGAAUCAGAAGAGGAAGUAAAUUCACUUAAUAGUUUUCAUAUCUAUCUCUUCACUUUUAUUCCCGCUUUAUUUGUUUAUCAUUUUUAAAUGCUGUACAAAGAGACAUUUGCAUAACGCUAUUGAUGUGAGAGCGACUUAAUUAAAAGAAAUACUAGUAAGUGUCCAACAUAAAUCUUGUGCGGGUCAUUGUGAUUAUCAUCUGUCUUGAUCCUUGUCCGCGGCCUGGCUGGCUGCGUUGAAGCAAGCUUAUUCAUGAAGAGCAAAUUCGAAAUUUUACGGAUUUGACAAAGACGACAAUUCUUCGGUAAAAAAUCCGCAUUAAAAAUAAAAAAAUCCGCAUGGUCAUAAAAAAUGCUUUGAAUUAAAUUAAAUUAAUUCACGAUCUUAUACCUAAUUAUAAAAAUUUACUUAAGAACGCUUGGGUACAAUAUUUAAUAUUAUGGUUGAGAUUUUACUCGGCACGAAGCUACAGAUGAAGUUCCGUCUAUGGUCAAUUUAUAUAAUGUGUAAUUCAUUGAUAUUAUGCCUCAGUUUAACAGAAUUUAAAAAAAUAUACAGUGUUCUAAGACACGGUGACGAUUCUUGAUACUGUAACAUAAUAGAAGUGUAACUUUUUUAGAUUUUGCAUCAAUAAAUAGUCAUAGGUCUGCUCCCUUUCA